GUCUUGUAAGUACUCACACAACAUCAUCAAUGCUGAGAACAAAAAAGUUCUAAAGACUUAUGAGUUGUCUGGCCUUGAUGAGAAUGAGCUGCGAGUCCUGCUUCUCCAGAAUGACCCUUUCCUCCUCCCUGAUAUCUGUCAUUUUUACAACAGAAAGGAUAGUAUCUGCAACCAGCAAAACAACUGCAACAAGCUUCAUAUUUGUCGAUACUUUCUCCAAGGGGAAUGUAGAUUUUUGUCAUGUAAGAGGUCCCAUCACCUCUUGGAUACCCAUACAUUGACAUUGUUGGAAACUGGAGGCAUUAAUAUGAACAUAGCUUCAAACAUCCAGACUAUAUGCAAUCACAGGCAUGUGGAAUUCAACAAGGAACUGAAGAAGGGGAAAACGCACAACUACAAACCAAGAGAAAAUUUAUUGAAAAAUAUGGCAGUUACAAGGAGUGAAGAACUGAGGAUACCUCUGCAAACAGUGGGCUCCACGCUGAAUGUGCCACUUUCAGAAGAUAAAAAAGAUGAUUCCUCUGCUAAAGCUUCAAAUGAUGACAAAGAAGAGAAGUGUGAUGAGAUAUGUGUGUUCUAUGUCUUGAAUUCCUGCAAACAUAAAG